AUGACCAGUUCUGCAGCGGGCAAGAGGAAACAAACGACAAUUCAAGAUUUUUUUGGAGUGGGUAAAAAGGCAAAGACUGUCGAGACGACCGCUACGUCAAGUCUUAAAGUAAAAGAACCUAGCGCGUCACGUACAUUGGUAACUGAGAAUGGCAAGGAAAAUAUGGGCUCCUCGCCUUUUAAAGAGGUAUUCAAAGAAAAGCUGACAGACGAACAAAGGCUAUUAUUAAGUUUAGAAAUUACCACGCUUGAAGAUCAAUGGUUUGAAAAACUUUCCAAAGAAUUCACGAAACCCUACUUUAUUCAAAUAAAAAAGUUUCUUGCCAAGGAGGCACAAUCCUCAAAAAUCUUCCCUCCUCCUGAAAAUGUUUACUCAUGGUCGAGAUUGACCCCAUUCAAUGAUGUAAAAGUUGUAAUUAUUGGACAAGAUCCAUAUCAUAAUCAUAAUCAGGCUCACGGCUUAGCAUUCAGUGUUCAGAAGCCUACUCCUCCACCUCCAUCUCUAAAAAACAUUUACAAAGAGUUGUCGAGUAACUAUGAGGACUUUCAAAUUGAUCAUAAAUUUGGUGAUUUGACUAAUUGGUCGAAACAAGGUGUCUUGCUGUUGAAUACUGCAUUAACUGUGAAAGCACAUAAUGCAAAUUCUCAUUCAAAAUGUGGAUGGCAUGAAUUUACAAAGAAGAUUGUAGAAAUACUAAUUAAUGAAAGGAAAUCGACUGGUAAGAGCCUCGUGUUUUUAUUGUGGGGUAACAAUGCAAUUAAGUUGAUUGAAAAUCUAUUACAUCACACCACUCAGGAAAAUAUACUUGUCCUGAAGUCAGUUCAUCCUUCUCCUUUAAGUGCUAGUAGGGGUUUCUUCGGAAACAAUCAUUUUAGAAUGAUAAAUGACUGGUUAUAUGAUAAGAGGCAUGAAAAGAUGAUCGAUUGGAGUGUUGUUCCUGGGUCGUUUAUCGAAGAAGUUCAGGAAAAGAAUUCAAAACUUGAUUCGAAAUAA